UGCACACAUGUAGCAGAUGACAAACAAUGCAAGGAUGGAACAAAACAUUGAACGUAGAAAAUCUAAUCUUCACAACUGUGAAGUUCUCAUCAGUGCACCUGAAUUAUUUAAAUACAGAAAACAAACAGACAAAUUCUUACCAGCUGUUGGUGGCUGUAAGGAUUUUGAACCUGAUGGUAGUUGGCUGCAGACCAAAAAAUUAGAGAAGUUUUAUGAAGAAAGACUUGAACUGCUUUCUGAACAACGAGUAGAAAGAUAUGGCAACUUAGUUACUGGAGACUGGGAUCCUGAGAAAAAGUUGGUUCAACUUCACAAAGAAUUGGGUAAAUUCUGGGUGUACAUGGGUUUUGUAGACAAAAGCAGAAAAUGGCUUUACCCAGAGGAAGCACUAUUUCUAAUGGAAACAAAUACCAUGGAAGUAAUGUAUAAAGGAUUACCACUGAGUAUACAGCAGGCAUACCAAUGUUUCUUCAGUACUGAGGUUACAUUAGAACAGUACCAAGUCUAUACACAUCUUAGAAGAUUGGGAUAUGUACUUGUUAGACAUCAAGGAAGGUUGAAUGUCACAGAGUAUGAAAAGAAAAUUAAACUUGAUCAGCAUUUGAAAUCAGAUAAAAGGAAAGAUAAGAAAAGAAAAAAUAGAAAAGAAAAUGAAAAUAAAGAAAUAAAGAAACUUAAACAAAGUAAUUCAGUUCAAGAAUUAAAACCAUCUGAGGAAACUUGUGAUAUGGAAGUAGCUGAGGAAACCAGUAUAGAUGAAUCAAUGGAGCUAACCAGUUUUAUGGAAUCUGUUCAGGAAACCAGUCCAAUUGAUGGAAUGGAGAUAAAUAAUGAUUUUACAGAUCAAACUGAACAACUUAACAAGGAACAAGGAAUUAAAGCAAACCAAGAAACAAAAUAUACUAAGUUAAACUCGUUUGGUGCGUUUCAGGAUAAUAAUACAGGUUUAUGUGAGAAUGAUGGGGAUUCAUCAGUAAACUAUUUCUCUUACACAAUGAAAUCAAGACAGAAAAGUUUAGAUUCAGAUAUAAGUGUCAGGUUUUCACAGCCAUCUUGUAGUUCUAUGAAAAAUAAAUUGACAAAUCUACCUCCAGAGUGGAAUUUUUCUGAGAUAGUAUUUCCAGAUAUAGGAAAAGACAAGGUUUUACAUUUAACAAAAUACUACAAAAGCCAACAGUUAUUUCCACAUGGUGUUCAGUUACCAGAUAACUGUACUUUUGAUUCAGAAAAAUAUAAUCUUAAUUUGACUUCAAAUAAACAUAAGAAAGAUGAAGAAAAUUUUAACUUAGAAUAUUCUAUUGAUCCCUCACAAUGGAAAAAGAAACCAGUCAACUCUAAAAACUGGAAAGAGUACAAAGAAAAAGUAAAGUUAUUAGAAAAUCAGGAGGAAGUUACACCUGUGUCACAUUUGUGGAAAGGGGAAAUAACUCCAUUAGUGAAACCAUGUUAUUGUUCAAGUUUAGAUUCAGUCAUUGAGAAGUUACAAGUUGUCAAGAAUUUAUCAGUUACCUCACAGAUGUCAUCAAAUUUGAAAGAUUUUCAGCACAAAGUUAUAUAUGAUGUCUACCUUCCAGACUCUAAAUUUAAGAAGUCAAGUCCUGGCCUUCCACAUCAUAGGCUAUGUGUUCUAAGACAUUGUGAACCGCUGCCAGAUUUACAAACAAUAACAAACCUCCACCACUACUACACAGAUGGUUUACCUAUACAGUGGGCAGUAGUAGAUCAUGGGGACAUUGCAUUUUAUGGAUUUACAGAUGUACAGAUACCAGAUAUGUUGUGAUUCAAUAAAAAUGA